GGAGAACGUCUUUACCUCUGAUGACGGCACUUUAGCAGCUGAGAAAGGCUUCAUGCGAACUCGGCCUAGUAACCUCGGGCCGUGUCCAACCGUUCCUUAACAACUUGAGAUUCCACACAACAACACCAAGCCCUCGCUCACGGUGAGCUUCGCCGAUUGUUUCUCUAAACGAGCCCAGUAAAGCCGGUACUUUUCGCAUUUGUUGUAGCCACAAAAAUGCUGUUCCUUGCUCGAAGAGCCGCUGGCAGCGGGGCUGUCGCAGCGUCCAGGGGACUCUCGGGGCUCCGAUCUGCGUCGAGAAGAAGUCUGCUGUCGACCCUCGCCAUUCUGGAGCAGAGAGAAGGUCAAUUGAACCACGGUUCACUGAGCGCCAUUACAGCGGCAAAGAAGCUGGGUGGAUCCAUCCACGGCUUUGUAGCGGGAAGCAACAUCAAGGGUGUUGCUGAUGAGGCGGCAAAGGUUGAAGGUGUCGAGAAGGUCAUUGCAGUCGACAAUGCCGCGUAUGACAAGGGUCUCCCCGAGAACUUUGCACCGCUGUUGGUUGAGAACAUCAAGAAGGGCGGCUACACCCACAUCAUCGCUGGACACACUGCCUUUGGAAAGAACUUGAUGCCCCGCGUUGCCGCCAUGCUGGACUCACAGCAAAUCUCCGAUAUCACCUCGAUCGAGGGUGAGAACACCUUUGUCCGCCCAAUCUACGCCGGCAAUGCCAUCGCGACGGUAGAGUCUUCCGACGAGAUCAAGGUUAUAACCAUCCGAGGCACGGCUUUCCCCGCGGCUGAGGUUGCCAGCGGCUCAGCUGCAGUGGAGGAUGGCGUUGAUCCCAAGUCUGAAUCUGCCACUGAGUGGGUAUCAGAGGAUCUCGCCAAGUCAGACAGGCCGGACCUGGCCACCGCCGGGAGGGUUGUCUCUGGCGGCAGAGGCCUCAAGUCCAAGGAGGAGUUCGACAAGGUCAUGCUGCCCCUGGCCGACUCCCUUGGUGCUGCCGUUGGCGCCUCCAGAGCCGCUGUUGACAGCGGCUAUGCUGACAACAGCUUGCAAGUUGGACAGACUGGCAAGGUUGUUGCACCUCAAUUGUAUCUGGCUGUUGGCAUUUCGGGUGCCAUCCAGCACUUGGCUGGCAUGAAGGACAGUAAGGUCAUUGCCGCCAUAAACAAGGAUGCCGAUGCCCCUAUCUUCCAAAUCGCAGACGUUGGACUCGUAGGAGAUUUGUUCGACAAGGUGCCAGAGCUGACUGAGAAGAUCAAGCAGUAAUAGCAAUGUUUCUAUAAUUUACAAAGAGGGGUA